ACCGCGCUCUCCCUCCACCUUGCGACGAUGGUGGCAGGGCAAGGCAUGGCAAGGCACGUCUCUGUCGAAGCCGGGCUGCAGGGAAAAGUGUGGAAACGUCGUCGUUCCAUAUCCUUUCGGCAUUGGAAUGAAUUGCAGCGCUGACGCACCUUUCACGAUUGGCUGCAACGAAAGCUUCAAUCCCCCGAGACCAUUUUUUAUGGUGCAAACAGGGUUCGAAGAAUUGGUAGAUAUCUCGUUGGCCACCAAAACAGUUAAGGUGAUGCAGUCCGUCUCUCCUCUCAAUUGCUCUAAAGAUAAUAAGAUGCGGCAGCUGGCGCAGCCCAUGGCUGCAUCUUACGCCACCUUCUCCAGCAUCUACAACAGAUUGGUCGUCGUCGGCUGCCAGAACGUCGUUUCUCUGCUCCCUUCCAACGGAGAAUGCAACCCCAUCUGCGCACUCUCAUCCACCUGCGAAGGAAUGAACUGCUGCCAGAGAGAAAUCGAGUUCUUCUACAGAAAUCCCAACGUCGAUACCAAUGCUUCUCUCACCUGCGGUUAUGUGUUCAUGACUGAUCAACGAAUAUGCUAACCACACCGACUUACACAACAUGACGGAGCCCAAAAACUUUUCACCCCAUCUCCGCACACCUUUAGUGCUUGAGUGGGAGUUCGAGAUAUCCAAUGCAACGACGCUGCCUGGGGUUCAAUGCGAAAAAAAUGAGUUUCCAUUUUUCUUGUUAUAUGAUGGACAAAACAUGAGCACGACCAUAUGUUCUUGCAAGCCUGGUUAUCAAGGCAAUCCUUAUUUGAGCUGCGAGGACGUAGACGAGUGCCGGAAUUCGUCAUUGAACAAGUGCCAAAUCGGGACUACAUGUGUCAACACGGCCGGUUCAUUCUUAUGUCAAGUUCAGGGUGAUAGCAAAGGAGCCAAGAUGAACACAGUAAUCAUCGGUAUCAGCUGCGGCUUAGGUGGGCUGGUUUUGCUCGGAGGCGCGUUGGUGUUUUCCAAAAUCGUGAGGAAGAGAAUCCAAGCCAGCCGUAAGAAGAAGUUCUUCAAGCGAAAUGGUGGAUUCUUGCUGCUGUCUUCUACUAAUAACACCGCCGAGAAUAUCAGAUUCUUCAACUCCAAAGAAUUGGCAUUGGCCACAGACCGUUACAAUGAUAAUCGCGUACUUGUUCGUGGCGGGCAAGGCACUGUCUACAAAGGAAUGCUACCUGAUGGAAGAAUCGUCGCGGUGAAAAAAUCCGAGAAGAUGGAUGAAUCCGAGGUUGGAGCAUUCGUGAAUGAGGUCACGAUACUGUCCCAACUCAAUCUUAGGAAUGUGGUGAAGUUGCUAGGAUGUUGUCUGGAGACCGAGGUUCCUCUUCUCGUCUACGAGUUUGUUCCAAACGGUACUCUCUUCCAACACAUCCACGAUCUAGGCAACGAGUUCCCUUUGUCAUGGAAGAUUCGUCUCAGAAUCGCAGCAGAAGUAGCAGCUGCUCUUGCUUACCUGCAUUACUCUGCAUCGGUCCCUAUCUAUCACAGAGAUAUCAAGUCGACCAACAUACUCCUAGACGAGAAGUAUCACGCCAAAGUGUCGGAUUUUGGGACCUCGAGGUCGUUCAACGUGGAUCAAACUCACGUGACCACGCGAGUGAUGGGUACUUUCGGAUACAUGGAUCCCGAGUACUUCCAGUCGAAUCAGUUCACAGAAAAGAGAGACGUUUACAGCUUUGGCGUGGUUGUGGUGGAGCUUCUGACGGGGGAGAAAGCAGUGACUGCAGCGGCUAAGGAGGAAGGAGGGAGGAGUCUGGUCGCGCAGUUCUUGCACUCGAUGCAAGGAGAUAAAUUGUUCGACAUUCUUGAUCCAGAGGUGGUGAGAGAGGGUGGGGUGGAAGAUGUUGUGGCGGUGGCGAGGCUUGCUCGGAGAUGUCUGAGUUUGGACGGAAAGCAAGGGCCGACGAUGAAGGAAGCGGGGAUGGAGUUGGAAGCCAUCCAAAUGGGGAAACUAGUCUCGAAUCUGCAAACUUGUGAUGAAGAAACAGAGCCUGCAAUGUCAAUUGCAGUAUAUGAUUCUUUGUAUACCUCAGACACCACCGGUUUCAGCACAGCUACAGAUUCAUCAGAGUUUCCUUUUCUGUCCAGGAGUUCAUGA